AGCCUGACUUUGAUGACAAGAGCGUUCAGGAGGGCAAUAAGAUGCCGAACGUGUCCUUUUCGGAAUUGUUGGACUUUCUGUCCACCACUCACCCGGAUAUGGCACCCAUUGUAGCCUCGAUGUCUUUUGGCUACAGCGAGGAUGUUGCGCCAAACAACGAUCUAGAGAGUAAGUGGUACAAUGGCCUGGAAAUUGAGUUGCCGAAUGCACCCAACAUGACCUACUACCACAUUUAUGGACAGGGCAAGCCUACAGAACGGGCCUAUGCAUAUCAGGUACAGUGUUAG